UCUUCAGCUCCUGGCAGAGUUUUCUGUUGAGAGAGAAGCCGACCGCAGAAUGGCACAGAAUUUAUCUUGUGAAAAUUGGUUGGCAACAGAGAAUAUCUUGAAUAAGUACUACCUCUCUGCAUUUUAUGCAAUCGAGUUCAUUUUUGGACUGCUCGGGAAUGUCACCGUGGUGUUCGGCUACCUCUUCUGCAUGAAGAACUGGAACAGUAGCAAUAUCUAUCUCUUUAACCUGUCCAUCUCUGACUUUGCUUUCCUGUGCACCCUACCCAUGCUGAUAAAGAGUUAUGCCAAUGAGAAUUGGACCUAUGGAGAUGUUCUCUGUAUAAGCAACCGAUACGUGCUUCAUACCAACCUCUACACCAGCAUCCUCUUCCUCACUUUCAUUAGCAUGGACCGAUAUCUGCUCAUGAAGUUCCCUUUCCGAGAACACAUUCUACAAAAGAAGGAAUUUGCCAUUUUAUUCUCACUGGCUGUCUGGGUCUUAGUGACCUUAGAAGUUCUACCCAUGCUCACGUUCAUCAAUUCUGUCCCACAAGAAGAGGGCAGAAGCUGCACCGACUAUGCCAGUUCUGGAAACCCUAAACACAGUCUCAUUUACAGCCUGUGCCUGACUUUGCUGGGCUUCCUAAUUCCUCUCUCUGUGAUGUGCUUCUUCUACUACAAGAUGGUAGUCUUCCUAAGGAGGAAGAGCCAGCAGCAGGCAACUGCCCUGCCACUGGACAAACCUCAACGCCUGGUGGUCCUGGCGGUGGUGAUCUUCUCUAUACUCUUCACGCCCUAUCACAUCAUGCGCAAUGUGAGGAUCGCCUCACGCCUGGAUAGUUGGCCACAGGGAUGUACACAGAAGGCCAUCAAAUCAUUAUACAUCCUGACCAGGCCUCUGGCCUUUCUGAACAGUGCCAUCAACCCCAUCUUCUACUUCCUCAUGGGAGACCAUUACAGAGAGAUGUUGCUUAGUAAGUUCAGACAAUACUUCAAGUCCCUUACGUCCUUCAGGACAUAAGCUUCGGGAUUCGGGUCUUCACUCAGCCAGAAAUGAGACACUUGAUAAACAGUGCUGUGCAGUUGACUUUUAACUAAGUAGACCACCAUUUCUAGGCUUUAACACCCCACCAUCCUCCAACCCCUAGUGCUGGAGUACAAACUGGGUACACAUGAAACAAAAGGCAGCUAUCUGUCCUGAGUUUAGGUUAUACCCAGAGUAUGGAAAAAAUAAGGCAUGAUAAAGCAUUGACAUCUUCACUUAAGAACUGAACAAAAGAGAACUAAUAUUGUCAAUGUUUGGACACUUAAGUUCUGAAAUCUUGGAAAUUUUAAGACCUCUUUUUCUGUCAGUGUAAAAGGAAUACAAGAUAGCUUUGUGCAAAUGCUGAAUGCAUUUCAUCAUUGGUCAGGUUGAUAAGCAUGUUUCUGAAAUAGUCUCUGUUAUUUUACUCUUGCGAUAUUAAAAUUUAUUAGAAAAAUGAAUAGAACUCAAUGUACAACUUUAGCUUUUAUAUUCGGAAAUUAUGUUUCUUGAAAAAAUAACUGCUGUGCCUAAAUAAAUCAAUAUAAUUAGUU